AUGUCAUCCAGAGCCAAGAAGCUCAACGCCCUUGCCGCUCUCAAGGCGAAGCGCGAUGGCAUACCAUUACCCGCAGCGUCCAAAUUGGGAGAUCUAUCAGACGAAGACAACGCCAUCUACGACGAAGUGUCUGAAGAUGAGUAUCGAUCCAUCCUUCGUGGACGUAUCAUGGAUGACGAUUUUAUCGAAGACGAUGAUGGCUCAGGCUACGUAGAUCACGGUCAGGAUGAUUGGGAUGACCAAGCUCGAGAACAAGAAGGACAAGACGACGACACAGAAGACGAGCACGAGUACUUUGAACGCACCGGCAAGCGUAAACCUAAGAAGGGUUCGAAAGCUCGCUCCAAGCUCAAAGGUCACGACUCUACCUCGUCUGUGUAUCAAAAAUCGAGCCUUUCAGCUGCUUUCAGCAAGCAGCGCAAGGCGUCCAGCGGCCUCUCGAACGACUUAUCGGCAAGCCGCACUCGCGACGCUCAGCGAAUGCGGUCCGCCGCCUUUGAUGCAUACCGUCCCUCCGUGAGCAAAGAAAAGGAAGACGACUUCAUGGCCAACCUCAUGGGCAACCUUGACGAGACUCGUCCAAAGCCGUCCUCAUCCUCGCACGACCCAGCUAGCCCUUCUCCCGCCCACCGCCUCUCUUCUUCCCUCUCUAGAAAGCGAAAGCAGCACGAUGAGAGUGCCUUCUCCCGCUUCCGCUCUUCCACCUCCCUCGCCACCAGUAACGGCUUCACAAGCCCCUCCUCGGGCGCUCCCACCAGCGACUCGGCACAUGCUUCCAGCGAUAGCGCCGAACCACUAGUACACGUCAGCGGAAGUGAUACGCCACCUUGGGGUCCCAAUCUCGGCUCAGACCCCGUGUUUGAGCUCGACGACGAGCUCCCCGUCUCCAACAAGAAGCUCCGCGGUCCCAAGGGGCUGCCUAAUCGUAUCGGUAGCCUUGGUUUGGGAGAUGCAGACCACGACGUUUUCAUCAGUCAUCCAUCCAAACGUGCUGCUGGUCUCAAUGACGAUGCUCUCGCUUUCAGCGACGACGAGAUCGACGAGAUCGAUGUUCGACGCGUCCAAGUAGGUUCGUUUGCAGCCAAGAAUGUUGAUGCGCGUGGACAGGCAACGCUUCCAAAGCCCAGCCCAGCCGCUGUGGCAACACCCCGUGCUGCCAAGCUCGACAAUAGCAAGACAGACAACACGACACCAUCGGCACCAUCAGCGUCGUCCACACCUAAGCCAGCGCUCAAUGACUUUAACAAGAUGCCGGCUAGCAAAAGUAACUGGCAAAAGGUGCACAACGACCUCAUGAAGAAUGUUGCACCCACCACGCCUACACCUGCUGCUACCAACAACAGUGUCAAGACAGCUGCAGCCACAGCGACACCGUUGGCAGGCAAGGUGAAGGCCUUUGAAGACGACAAGUCGCUCUUCUUCUAUUGGCUUGACUACCUAGAAGGUGAGAAUGGCAUCGUCUACCUCGUUGGCAAGGUCAAGGAUAAGGACUCAGGACGAUACGUUUCAUGCUGCUUAACCGUCAAUGGCAUCGAACGGUGCAUCUUCCUCCUGCCACGCAGCAAACAACUCGAAAAUGGUCACGAGACCGAUCGCCCGGUCGGCGAAGAUGAGAUUUAUGACGAGUUCGAAGAGCUCUCGGCCAAGCACGGUAUCAAAGGUUUUCUCUCCAAGUGGGUCACACGCAAGUAUGCUUUCGAGCAAGCAGGCGUGCCAGCCGAGUCCAACUACAUGAAGAUUCGCUACGGCUUUGACGAGCCUCAGCUGCCAUUCGAUUUCAAAGGCAAAACCUUUAGCAAAGCUUUCGGCACCAACACUUCGCCGUUUGAGCUGCUGGUAGUCAAGCGACGUAUCUUUGGGCCUAGCUGGCUCAAAAUUUCGAACGCCAGCUUGGCGGAAGGCUCGACGCCCAUCUCUUGGUGCAAGAUGGAGGUCUCGAUUGACGACCCUAAGGACAUUUCGCCCAUCUCGGAUGCCGACACCACCUCGCCGCGCGAGACUCCACCCCUGACCGUCAUGUCGAUCGCCAUCCGCACGGUUGUGAAUCACAAGGAGAACAAGCAAGAACUCGUCGCUGUCAGUGCGCGUACCUGGACCGACCACCAGAUCGAGGAUCCUACGCCGCCCGAACAACUCCCUUGCUCCGUGUUCACCGCUGUGCGACCACUUGGCACCAUGUUCCCACCCGGCUUCGAGGCAGAAGCGCGCAAGGGCAGGAUCAAAAUCCACACGCUCAAGUACGAGCGAAUGCUGCUCAAUGCCCUACUUGCUCAGAUCUACAAUGCCGACCCAGACGUCAUCGUAGGUCACGAGUUCAACGGUGUCUCGCUCGACGUGCUCCUGCAUCGUAUGCGGGAUCUUCGUGCCGACCACUGGUCACGCGUCGGUCGAUUCCGUCGCCCCAAGUGGCCCAAGCUCAAGCAAGGCUUGAACCUCAAGAUUCUCGCUGGUCGCCUGGUCUGCGACUUAGCAUCCGACAAUGGCAAGUCGAUGAUCACCUCCACCACAUGGUCACUUACAGAGAUGUGCGGUACUCAUCUCAAGAUUCAGCGCGAGGACAUUGAUCCCGAGGAAACCGCUUCAUUCUUUGACUCACUUGCUCCAUCUCCUGAGCGUCUGAUGAACUUUGUUCGCCAUUGCGAAGUCGACACUUUCUUCCAGAUGGCCAUCGCCGCCAAGGUGCAGAUUCUGCCUCUCACCAAGCAGCUCACAAAUCUUGCUGGUAACAGCUGGAACAAGACGCUCAACGGAGGUCGCGCUGAACGCAACGAGUAUAUCUUGCUGCACGACUUCCACCGACAAAAGUACAUCUGCCCGGACAAGAUUUCUGCGUGGGAGAAGAAGCAGAUCCAGCAAGCGGCUGAGCUCAAGGCGAAGGCUCGUGCCAAAUCCAACGGUGGUGCUGCUGAUUCGUCGGCGUCGACGACUGCGGCUAACAGCAAGAAGGACAAGUUCAAGGGCGGUCUCGUCUUUGAGCCCAAGCGCGGAUUGUGGGACAAGUACAUCUUGGUCAUGGACUUCAACUCGCUCUACCCGUCGAUCAUCCAGGAGUUCAACAUUGACUUUACCACUGUUGAACGUCCGCCUACACAGGGCAUCGAAGACGACGAGAUUGGCGUCGCUGCUGCUACCGCUUCCUCAGAUACGGCAGGAGAGGCUGGCGCUGACGCUGCGGCUGACGUAGACAAGAUUCCCGACGUACCCUCUUCCGAUGUCGAGCAAGGCGUACUCCCACGCAUUAUUGCUCAGCUCGUGGCGCGUCGUCGACAAGUCAAGUCGCUGAUGAAGGAUAAGUCGGCCACACCUUCUCAGCUCCUGCAGUGGAACAUCAAGCAGCUGGCGCUCAAGCUCACCGCCAACUCGAUGUAUGGUUGUCUCGGAUUUGAAAAUUCGCGUUUCUACGCUCGCCCUCUCGCAGCGCUGACUACGUUCAAAGGUCGAGAGAUUCUCACCGCCACCAAAGAUCUGGCCGAGUCGAUGCUGCUCGAUGUGAUUUACGGUGACACGGACAGUGUUAUGAUCAACACCAAUGCCACUGAGUACCGGGAAGCGCUUCGUAUCGGACAAGAGUUUAAAAAAUCGGUCAACGAACGCUACCGCUUGCUUGAGAUCGAUAUCGAUGGCGUGUUUGAACGUAUGCUGCUCCUUCAAAAGAAAAAGUAUGCUGCGGUGCUCGUCGACGAGGAAGGCAAGCGAAGUACCGAGAUCAAAGGUCUAGAUAUGAAGCGUCGCGAAUACUCGGCGCUCUCAAAGAACGUCUCGAAUUACGUGCUGGAACAGAUCUUGUCUGGACAAGCGACCGAGCUGGUCGUGGAACACAUCCACGAGUACCUUUCGGACAUAUCCACCAAGAUCAAGAUGGGCGAAGUGGGGCUGGACGACUUUAUCAUCUACAAACGGUUGGGUAAGAACCCAGAAGACUAUCCGGAUGUCAAGUCGCAGCCGCAUGUUCAGGUGGCGUUGCGAAUGAAGACGAGAGGUGGAAAUGCCAGGAUGGGUGAUGUGAUCCCGUACAUCUUUUGCCUGGGAGAAGAUGGCACGUCCAGCACCAAGACAGCGCAGGCAGAGAGGGCGCAUCACCCAGACGAGUUGAGAAGGAAAGACAGCGAGCUCAAGAUCGACUACGAGCACUAUCUGGCGCUGCAGAUCCUGCCGCCGGUGGAGAGGUUAUGCGAAAGCAUCGAGGGGACGGACAGAUCCAGGUUAGCAGAGUGUCUUGGGCUGGAUCCGAGCAAGUAUUCUCACGUCUCGCAUUCUGGUGCUGGCAGCGGCGGCGCAGUGGGUCGAGAGUUUGCAACGCUCGACUCGCAGAUCCCGGACGAGGUGCGAUUCGCGCAGUGCGAGCCAUUGAAGCUCACAUGUCCUUCAUGUCGCGAAUCGAGUACUUUCCUCGGGCCCGCUCAUCGUGCCGCUUCGUCCGCGAUCAAAGUGCUCGGCGACUCGACCAACACGCAACGCUCGGAGCCCAACGCCAUCUCCACAAAGGGCAUCCGCUGCACAAACGCUGCCUGCCAACGAAUGUUGCCUCUGGCCACCAUGGCGAUCCAACUCGAGCUGGCCAUCCGAAGCUUUGUGGAACGCUACUACGCCGGCUGGACUGAAUGCUCUGAUCCCAACUGCGGCUCUCGAACGCGGCUGGCUAGCGUCUACGCCAAACGCUGCGUUGCAGUUCACGAUGCCAAAUCGGCCGCGCUGCUCGAUGCCACCUCCACUACAGGCUCUCACUUGGCAUGCCGUGGUCGUGUAGAGCCAGUUUACAGGGACAAACAGCUGUACGAUCAGCUGAUCUAUCUCGAAUCGCUCUUUGACUCAUCGAGAAUUCGUGAAAAGGUGACAGCCACAACGGCGGCCAGCGCUAAAGCUUGGCAAGAUGAAGUGCUGGCCAUGCUGGACGUCAACAAGCGCGAGCUGGACGCGCUGCACAAGACUGUGGACAAGUAUUUGGCCAAGAACGGAAGGAGGUUCGUCAAGCUGGCCAGCUUGUUCAGGUUUAUGAAGGUGUGA